AUGACAAAAAAUUCAAAGAAGAUUUAAACAAACACACACUCAAAAUCAACUUCAUAAGAGCGAAAGAGAAGAAGAUAUUACUUAAACUACUACUGUGUGUAUCAUCUAUCACUCUACUUGUACCUAUCAUUUCAAAAAGAAUUAUAAACAAUUUGA